AUGUCUAAAUUACGUUUCAUUUUGGGCACUGAAUUUGACAAAAUAAUUCCCGAUGAAGAAAAAUCAAAGAUAAAAUUAGUUGAUAAUGUAAUUGUCUUUACGAUCAAGAAUCUUAAAAAUGCACUAAAUGAACGUUUAAAUGUUUUGUCAAAAUAUGUACAGGCAAAAGAAAAAAUUAAAAAUGGAAAUAAAAAAUCGUUUUUGAAUUUUCUCUUUGAUUCAAAAGUUUUGGACAUUAAUAUGGGCCAUGAAAAGCAAAGUGCAAUUUUAGAUAAAGUUGAUAAAGAUAAACAUGAUGAAAUUCUGUUUGAUUUAUUUUUCUGUGAUAUUACUAAACAUAUUGAAUAUAAUGCUGCAAACGAUAUGGUGUUAAACAAAAAACAAGAGAAUAAAAUUUUCGAGGGAAAUCAAAUUAUGAUAAUUAGUAUAUACUCGAUUGGCAGCAAAUUAUUAAAAAAUUUAAAAGUCUUUACUAAUGAAUCGUUUUUCCUUUCUGAAAAAAUUAAAAAUCGUUAUCGUCAUAUUAUUUGGUUGAUUCUUCAUGGAAUGGAAGAAGUAAAAUAUAAUUCUCAACGUCCACUGACUAGAACUGGCAAAGUUUAUAAAUCAUUCGCAACCGGACGCAUUUGGUAUAAGGAUCAUCCCGGGAAAGACGAAAAUAUUUCUGUUCAGAUAUUUGAGACAAAGACAACAAUAACGAUUAAAGCAGAAACACCUAUGGCAAUUGUUGAAUUAAUUGAAGAAGUUAAAAAUGAGAGGGAAGAAUUGAGAGAGAUGAACGAUGAGGAAUUUAAAAAGAAAAGGGAGUACUCAUUGGUUGCUGAAGAAGAACACAAACAUGAUCAAAAAAAGAAAGAAAUAUUAGCCGAGAUAGAAAACGAACAAAAUAAAAUAUUUGAAGAAAGUAGAAACGAAAGUGGUAAGUUGGUGAAAGAUGUAUUAAAAGAAUUAAAUGAGGAAUCUGAUAAAUUAUUGGAAGAAAUAUGGGAAAUUGAAGACACUAUUAGAAACCUAGAGAUACCUGAAGGAAAAAUACAAGAAUUAAGAGUAUUGAAGGAAAAAAGAGAUGAGAUAUUAAGAAAAAUAAGAGAAAUUAAACUCGAAUACUACUAUAAAGAACUUGAUAAAAAAUCAGCCAAUAUCACCAACCAACUGAAGAAUUUAUUAGAGCAAAAGUUACGAAGGCUAAAAGUUGAAAAUGAUAAUCUUUUAAAGGAGGAUAUAGAGGUUGAGCGUAAAAAUUUUUUGGAAAAAUAUGAUGAAUUUAUUGUUGAAUUAAAAGAAAGAUGGUUUAGAGCUGUUUUUUAUCGAGUAUUCAAUGAAGUAUACAAAACUGAAGACAAAAAUACUGUAAAAAUUAAAUUAAGUAAGGAAAAAGAAGUGGAAAAAGAAAAAGGAGAAUCAAGUACAAGCAUGAAUGUUGAAACACUUCAAAAUAAACAAGACAAACAUAUUCUCUAUUUUGACAAAAACAGUUUAAUUGGAAAAACACUUUUGUUAAAUAUUUAUGGAAAAGAAAAUGCAAUAAAAUUGGUUAAAGGAAAAAAAGAUUCACCAAUACUUGUAAAUAUUAACGAUGGAAAUAGUAAGUUUUUAAAGAAAAUAGAAAGUAAUAACUGUAGACUUUGGAACAAUUCCGUCAUAUCUGUUGUGUAG